CAAAUAUUCGUCUAGAUAUAUGAGCCAACCACCUAGAUCCUGUCAACAUUCUCCACAUAUAUAUACAACUUACAUUACUAGCAAUACGAUGUGGAUUUUUAUACUUACGACAUCUCAAAGGUUCUGAAAAACUGAAGGAUUCUAUAAUGUGAAAUGUCGGUGAAAAGUUAUGGUGCAGCAAGUCAACUCAGUAACUCAAGUGCUAAAUCCUAUUAUUCAUCAGGCUCGGACGAAGGACACCAUGAUUACCUAGUUCACAGAAAAUCAAACACGAGCGACGCUUGGUGGAGUGUCGGAGAUAUCCUGAAACCAGGGAUAACUCAUCAAAAUGCGGCCCGAACGAUGGUGCCGAAUGGUGAGCAGCAGAAUUGGGAGUUAUCAGACUCCCUAACAGAUCUGUAUACGAAGGAUACGAAGGGAAAUGCUAACAAUGGUCCAAACUUUCGAGCUCAAGGAAAGUUUGAGGAUCGUAAUGUCGAUUUGACAAAAUGGUUGGAUGCAGACUUGAGCCAUGGAUUUAUAAGAGUUUUCCAUUCAGAGCAUGAUGCAUCAUCGCGAUUAUUCCCAUGUACGAUUACGACUCCUGCACAAAAGAUUUGUUUACAUUUUGGAAUUCCCAGUAACUCUUUGCAUAUUCAGCAAAAUGGUGACAUUAUUCGCCGUCUGGAGCCGUUUGAUUGCCCGUUAGCGAUACAGAAUGAAUAUCUACAAGGUAUUGGUUAUUCCAAUCAAAGGCGGAUUCAAGAAAUAGGAGCCGAUGAUGUAACAGCCUACCUGGUAAAAUUCUAUGCAGGUAAACCUGUAUCUGACAGUACAUAUUCUAGAAACCAGCUCUCAGCUUAUGUAUAUGUACGUAAAGGGAAGUUACUCCAUCAGUGGGUUAGAAGACGCUGUGUAAUCUCUGGUACCAGGUUGCUUAUACAUAGAGAUAAAAUGUCUAAACCCACCAUCGUCCAGUUAGCAAAAGGUUCAGUAGAAGAAGUAAAUAUCAAGAGUCAAAGUUAUUGUUUAAAAUUAACCUCAACAGACCAUGGAGAAAGAUCAAUUUAUUUAUCAUUUAUAGAAGAAAUAGAUUAUAAUAAAUGGAUUAAAAAACUCAAAAAGGCUACAUCGAAAUUACCAACCAAAGCUGAUCUGUCAAAUUGCCAUCUAGAGUUUUUACCAGAAACAGUUUUUAUUAAUGAAGAUCUUCAGGUGUUGAUUUUACGUCACAACGCCUUACGUGAUCGACCUAUAGAAGAAGAUAUUUAUACCAUUGGUUGGUUAGAUGACCUACCAAGGUUUACUCAUCUGCAGAGUUUAAAUUUAGCCGAUAAUAAUUUAAUGGUGUUUCCAUUAGCUGUGUGUCGGAUGAGAUCCUUGGUGGAAUUAAAUCUAGCCAGUAACAAACUAGAAGACAUUCCAAGUCAAAUAGCUGACUUAUCAAAUUUGCGGCUUCUGCAUAUUCACAAUAACAGAUUACAAACAUUACCAGAUGUUGUCAUGGAGAUGACCAACUUGUCUGUCAUAGUUCUCGCAUUUAAUCGCUUCAAAACAGUACCGAGUGUUCUCUUACAGUCCAAACUUGCUGUUUACAAAAUAGACAGUUUAAUCAUGGCAGGUAACUCUGUUGAACGACUCCCCAUAGAUUUACUGAGUGAAAUGACUCAUGUUAAAAAAAUUGAUCUCAGAUUGAACAAACUGCAAAUCUCAUCCGCCGAGAUGUCCCAGUUUCAAUUCUUACAGCAUAUUACCCAUUUGGAUGUUCGAGACAACAAGAUUGAAGAUCUGGACAUCCGUGCUAUUCGUUCCUUGGAGUAUUUAAAUUGUGAGCGAAACAAGAUUAAGACAUUACAGAUUAAUGGAAGUUCAUUGAAGAGUCUGUUUGCAUCUCAUAACAAAAUAAAUGUGUUAACAAUCAGUCCUAAAGCGGAGUAUAUUGUUUGUAUAGAUGUCUCCUUCAAUAAUUUAAGUGUUCUGCCAUCUUGGAUUGGAGACUGUUUCUUCCUGGUAAAGAUUGAUGUUGGACAUAAUCAGUUAACAUCUAUACCUGACAGGUUAUUUUCUGGUGCUCAGAAAUUGAAAGUUGUGAGAGUAAACCAUAAUAAGCUGAAUAAACUACCAUCAGAUGUGAAGAACUGUAUUAUAGAAGAACUACAUAUAGAACAUAAUGAACUGACACAGUUACCACCUGAAAUAUUCAUUAAUUCAAACAGAUUAAGAUAUUUAAAUGCUACAAAGAACAAAUUAACAGACUUACCAGCUCCUAACAGAAAUGAAUCUUUGAAUAAACUGCAGGAAUUAUUUCUAACUGCCAACAGUUUGGGAAAUCAGGCAGCUCAUAAAAUAAGUUUCUUUGGUCGCCUUCGAGUUCUACAUUUAGCCAACAACAGGAUAACACAGUUAAAGAACAGCGACAUGGAAAAACUAGAACUACUUCAAGAAUUAAACAUUUCUUCCAACAACCUCCAUGAACUACCAGAAUAUCUGGGACGACAUCCUAAGUUACAAGUGCUGCGGGUCAACUCAAAUCUACUACAAGAGAUUCCUAACUUUAAAAAUUCUUCUGGAAUAAAGGUGUUAGAAGUUGGGUCUAAUCGUUUAGUGAAUGUAAACAUGAAGAAUUUGAUGAACUCUCAGGUGAAUCUGUUAGAUAUUUCUGGUAAUCCUGAUAUUACCGUCAGUUCUCAAGAAAUGGCCAAAGCUAAGAAGAUUUGUAUGGUAGAUAUGAGAGGACAGAAUAGAUCUUUAUUAGAUAUUUCAUCUAUAGAUAAAUCUACUGUUGAUAAAAUAUGGCAGAGUGGUUUUUCUCAAACAUCUGGCAUAAGAAACAGAUUAUCCGUAGCCGUGAUUAACCAGACUCAAUUUAUAGACCAAGAUGAUUCACUGUUUGGAGUACUGGAUUGUGGUAGGAACGAAGAAAUCGCUAAAACAUUAUCUGAUCGCCUUCCAUUAGUCGUUGAAGAUGAACUUAAGAAGAGAGGUCAACAUGAACAUUAUUUAAAAUACUCCAUGUUAGCGGCUCAUGGAAAGUUAAAAUCCCUUGGACAAAGACUUGGAGCUGCAGUAGGUGUUGUCCAUAUAAGGAAGUCACCUGGAAAGACUCCACCCACUUUACAUCUAGCUAAUGUUGGUGAUACCGAGGUGGUCUUGUGUCGUAAAAAUAAACCUGUCUGUCUUUCACAGCUCUUCACAGUUUCUCAGAAUCCUGGAGAAUGCCAGAGAAUCUGUCAAUCAGAUGGAAUUAUCACAGAGGAUGGUCGAGUGAGUGGAGUUACAUUUAAUACCAGAUUAUUAGGUUGUAGUUAUUUAUACCCUAAUCUUAUACCAGAUCCUCACAUCACCACCACACAACUUACAGAAGACGAUCAACUCAUCAUCAUAGCUAAUCAAGGUCUGUGGAAAUAUAUGUCUUACGAAGAAGCCAUUCAAGAAAUCCUUGAUAUUCCAGAUCCAGUUGUAGCUGCCAAGAGACUUCAAGAUUUGGCACAAGGCUAUGGAUCCAAAGAAAAUAUUGCUAUUUUAGUGGUGCGAUUCCUGUUGUCGGAAACAGAAAGACUUAGAAUUAAAACAUUACUCGAGACACAAUAUGAAGGUCAGAGACAUUUGUUAGUAAUGUUGCAGCAACAUGCUGCAAUGGUUCGUGCCAAGGAACAACAAAAAUCAGAAGCUCAGUUCGGCAAAAUUAAAUUCGAUAAAUCGGGACAUGUGAAAAGAAAAGGAAAUGAUAAACAUAGGCCAGCUGUUAGUGCGGAUGUUUUAGCGGAAGACUUAAACAGAAAUCGUGAUAUCAAGAAACUAGAAGCUGCUUUACAGCAACGUCUGACAAAUGAUGUUAAGGACAAAGAAAUCAGAUAUGACUUCACUAAUGCUGACUCUGGAGACGAAUCCUUAUCUGAUCUGACAUUCGAUGAUGAGGAUAUCUUGUUAAAGUCUCGAAAUCAGAAUAUCCCGGUUUCAACUUGGGAGAGACACUUACAAAAACGUCUAACGGAGGAAGUUAAAGAUCGCGAAAUGGAAUACAUGUUUAGCAGUCAUGACAAUGAUGUUGAUGCUGAAGUCGCACAUAAUGGUAGUAGGGAUGCAAGGAACUGGUCAACAACUUCUCAACAACAGAACAUGUCCAGAGGUAAAUCAGAAGGAGCCAUCUUAGAUCGAAAAGUAACAAUUCCUAAACCUGACACAAACAUUCCUUAUGAAAGAUCAGAAUCUCUGGAUACUAUUGCUUCAUUUGAGGAAUUUUCAAAACAACCUGUUAUUCAUCAGAAUAUUGAUCGGGAUGCCAUUUUGUUUCAUCAAAUGCAAUUGGCCCGUGCUCAGAAUUCUAGCAGCACCAGUAUCGAUUCAACCCAGUCUGACCCAAUGCAUGCUUCAGCCAGAGAAGUUUUCAGACUGCCACAAAGAAACUCUGCUCGUAGUAUCGAAGUCCUGGUUCAUAACCCUCGACCAGUCAGAAUGGUAAACAAUCCAAAAUCCCAACAAGAUAAAACAUCGGAAGAAAACGAAAUAUUUGGUGAAUAUGAUGAAAAUUUAGAAGAAAUUUAUGCUCGUGUUCAAAAACAGAGUCCAAGUUUAAUAACUCACACUGAACUUGAUCCGGUUACAGAAAGUCCACAUCCUCUGAACACAGAAGAACAGGUUACUAAAGCUGUAGAGGAACCCAUAUAUAGUGUUGUGAAUAAACAAAAACAGUAUAAUCCAUAUCGAUAUGAAACAAAUGUAAAUUCAAACUCUAUCACAAGUAUCAACGAUAUCGGAGUUCUCGAAUUAUCGGAGAAUGGAAUAAUAAGUAGUCCUGACUGCAGUUUAGAAGAAGGCAGUCAACCAGGAGUCUUUGAUUCUUCUAGUGAAGAAAAUUCUGCAAAUUCCUCACCUACCCUCCUUUUACGUCGUCCAAAAUGUCAACCAAGGGAAAACAACUCCCCCUUGUCGUCUCCUGAGACAGAUUCUAGAAUAGAGAGAUCGGAAAGUGAAGCUAGCAUCAUCAUUACCUAUUUAUAGUUUGUCAUACCGGUAUAUAUCUGUGUAGAAUUAUUAUUUUAACAGAGUAGAUAUAAGAUUACAGAUAUCAACAAUUGUUUAAUAUUUUAAAGAUGAUUAUAUAAUUUUCAUAAUAAUAAUAACAACUUUAUUUAUCAAGAUACCUGUAAGAGCAUUGGAACGUUGCAUGUAAUAAACCAAGUAGUAAAUCCAUAAAGUUGUGUUAUUAUGAAUAUUAUAUCUCUACUUCUAAAUGUCAUUCAAGGACGAUUAUAUAUAUAUAAUUGUCAUAGAUUUUUAGCAAGUGUGUAACUAGCUAUAAGUUCAUGGAGUGACUUUCUUUUCGAUAUAUUUCAAGUAAUAGUUAUACAUUGCAACUUUUAUCAGGGUAAUAAAAAGCUAACUAGAAAUAGAAUAUUACAUAAUUUGUUGGCCAGUCUAUUUUUGAUGUAUUUUGUAUACCUUGGAUUAGCAAGAUAUUUAUUAUCCAAAUAAUAUGACCAGUUUUAGCAUUAUCCCAAUUUAAACAUAGUUUAAAGAUGCAUUAUGUGAGAUUAGAUAAAGAGCUGACAGUUUUCGCUGUAAUAGUUAAAAAAUAGAUAAUGAAAAAGGAAUCGUUUGAAGAAAAGUGUAGUCUCGAUUGUCAUUGCUACCUUUAAAGAUAAUAAACAAAGAUACGAUUGUCCAUUUUUUAUUAAAUUAUUAGCUGACAUUCUUAUUUAAAUCCGUUGAGAAUCAAAUCAUCCGAUGGUCUAGAGAGUUGAUUAUGACCUUGAUAUGUGAAUAAAUGUCUAAUUAAUGAUUUAUAUAAUAUUUGAGUUCAUGAGCAAAGAUCUGCAUUAGGCAGAUUUAGCUCUUACAUAAUGCAUCUUUAACCUAUAUUUUUUGUUUUUAAAAUGGUUAAAUUCUUAUUAUAUGUCAUGUAAAUUAAUUGAGAGAUACAUUCUCCAGUCAGUCAAAUUCACUGCCAUUCAGUCAGGGAUCAGGACUGUCAUAAUGAAUGCGAUAAUUAAGAAUCCUGGUUAAAACCCUAAAUACAAUUUAAGCUGUUAAAUACUGUAAAACAAGAAAUUAUUACAUACAUUUAAACUGUAUCAAUGGCAUUUAGUAAUUGAACUAGAGUAUACAGGUCACAAUUCUAUGGAAUACAAUUACUGCUUUUUACUGAGAGAGGUUUGACUAGGGUUCUCUAGUCAUUAUCAAGCAGUAAUUGUAUUCCAUAGAAUUGUGACCUGUACAUUAAGUUGAAUGGGCAUAUAUAAGAUAAAGUACUGAGUAGUUACAUUAUGUGAUAUUGUUAAACAUAGUACCCGACAUGACCAUACAAUGAUCAUGGGUGAAUAACAAAUGAUGCCAUUAUCUGGUGUGAAUGGUGACUUAUGUAUGUGUUAAGAUUAAACUAUUAAUUCUAAAAAGAGUAAAACUUUGACACAUUUCUCAGAGUAUCUGUUGAUUUUGUUUUUGGCUUUUUUGUAGAAACAAUAUUUUUAUUCAGGAUAUUUGGGAACUGGCUUAGCCUAUGUAAAUCCCCCUCUCUCUUUCUAUUUGUAUAUGCCUAACAAAUAGAAAAUAUAGGAAUAUUCCAAAUAACUUGUCUGCUAGAUUGUAUUAACAGGGUUAUGUAACUCCUAUAAGGAAUUCAACUGGCUGUCUGGUAGAAGUUUGAAGUGAAAUCCUUGGUAUAAACCAGUGUUAUAUUCACUACAAUAUAUCUGGGAUGAUCCCUUUAAUCUUCUGAUAUUUGAUUGACUAUUGAUGAUACCCUUGGUAUAACACUAUUACCAAGCAUUGAGGAACGAAACCUCUAACUUACUAAUGAUUUGAGCAUAAUGUAAUUUUUGUUUUGAAUCCUGAUUUAUUUUGACAAAGUAUUUUAUACAGAGUUGAAUUGUUAUGUUUUUCUCUAUUUUUCCAAUUUUUGUUGUUAAUGAAUUUAUGUGUAAAUAUUAUAUUUUUAAAACUAUAUUUAUACAGCAUAGUUAAAAGCUUUUAAUCAGAUUUAUACUUUUAUGCUUUGUAUACUAUAUUCGUAAAAAUGGCUUAAUUUAAUCUAGAGCAAUUUGGAAUUCUAAAAGUAAUAUUAUUCCUACGAUUUUUGGAGAAAAAAAAAUGAAAUGAAAUUCCAUUUGAAAGUAAAAAUAAUUUAAAGUUA